AACAACAUUCGAAACAAACAAACAAAAAAAAAAUACUGUACAGUCUCAAGUGCUUUCUACCACUUGUCUGUCUUUUCAUAAAGGCAGACACAGCGCCUUACCAACUUAAAACCAAACUGAACAUAAAGAACAGGCUAGAGUUUUUAUUUGGUUGUUUACGUGCAAAACCAAACACUUCCCCAAUGUUCUAAGGGGAAGUAUUAUUUAUCUGUAUUGCCUAACGCCAAGGUUCCGCCCACUGCGUCAUGAUGCAGAACAGAAGAUCGGACCGAUACCUUGCUUUCUAUUCGUCAGCGCAGUACACAAUGGAGUAACAGAAGGUUGCUGAGGUAAAAAAAGAAAAGGGGCAGUAAAGAGAAGCAGUUAUGGAGUACUCGAAUGGAAAUGCUGGGAUAGAACUCCUAUUGGCUCACAUGAAUUUGGAGGAUUUUAUUGACGUUAUGGGACAUCUCUAUGCACCUGAAGACACCGCAAUCUUUGAGGAGAGCUUGGUGUCAAUGGCCCAAGAAGAAAUGGAUGAAAUCGAGGAGACUGCCAGUUCAUUGCUGCUGGAUGACAGCGAAGAUGACAAACCAAGUUUUUUGGGUGUCUGCAUGAAAUAUGGAACAGUUAAUGACUUGUUAUCUUUUGUGAACUGGGUGUCAAACACACCGCAGACUACUCUUCGGCACCAGAAACGCGAGAUGGGUGUAGUGUUGAAUAAGAAGAACAUGGCAGUAAAGAAUGGGCGAUAUCAGAUUGACUCAGACGUGAUGCUGUUUCCAUGGAAACUGACCUACAGGAACAUUGGCUCGGAUCACGUUCCCAGGGGAGCUUUCGGGAAAGUCCACCUGGCUCAGGACACUCAGACGAGAAAACGAAUGGCAUGCAAACUGAUUCCUGUGGAACAUUUCAGACCAGCUGAUGUUGAAAUCCAAGCCCGGUUCCGCCACGAGAACAUUGCAGAGCUGUACGGAGCCCUGCUGUGGGACGAGUCCAUCCACCUGUUCAUGGAGGCAGGAGAAGGGGGUUCAGUCAUGGAAAAGCUGGAGAGCUGCGGGCCUAUGAGAGAGUUUGAGGUCAUCUGGGUCACCAAACAGAUUCUCAAAGCCCUUGACUACCUGCAUUCCCAGAAAGUUAUACACCACGAUAUAAAACCCAGCAACAUCGUGCUGAUGUCGACAAAAGCUGUUCUAGUGGAUUUUGGACUCAGUGUGCAAAUGACAGAAGAUGUGUAUGUACCGAGGGAUCUUCGUGGAACAGAGCUCUACAUGAGUCCUGAGGUGGUCCUUUGCAGAGGCCAUACAACAAAGUCUGAUAUUUACAGCCUGGGUGCAACGGUCAUCCACAUGCAGACUGGCAGCCCUCCCUGGGUGAAGAGAUACCCACGCUCAGCCUACCCCUCCUACCUGUACAUUAUCCACAAGCAGGCCCCGCCUUUGGAGGACAUUGCUGAAGACUGCAGCCCCACCAUGAGGCGGUUCCUGGAAGGAGCUCUGGAGAGAAACCCCCAUCACCGUCUGUGUGCAUCGGAGCUGCUGAAGGAUGAGGCUUUACACCCUCCCAGAGAGGAGCAGCCGCGCUGCUGGAGCCUGGACUCGGCUCUCUGUGACAGAACCCGUCUGCUGGUGAGGCAGGAGUCCGAGCUGCCUGACACCAAGAGUGGUUCUUCAGUAUGCAGCAAUGAGGAGUCAAUGGCUGUAAAGAGAAAAGGAUCUUUGUAUAUUGACCUGGGGGCACUGGCUGGGUAUUACAACAUUGUAAGAGGACCUCCAGAGUCUGAAUACGGCUAACAGCACCCGCAGAGCCACCCUUCUGGACAAGUAUCCAUGAAGAUCUCAUUCACGAUACACUGCUGAGUCAGUGCCGUGGCAGUUAAGCAGUUCAGUUUUAUCAGCUGGCGUAGCUAGUAUUACAUCACCAGUGUGUUAGUACUGAUGUGUACCGCAAAUGAAUGAGGUUGAGUCACAAGUGAAACCGAUGUCUUCCAAGUGAGGAACUGAGAUUGUGUCUAGGUGUAUGGCUUUUAUAUUAUAUAUAUAUUUCUACUUCUGCUUAAGAACGUUGUUGAAAAUAUUAUUUUGUAAAAUAUUAUCAGUAUAAAAAAAAAACAAAACACAAGACUAUAAGUACAUGGAAAAAAGAUUCAAGCUUGUAUGACUGCAACUAAAACUACCAGUAAUUCAAACUAACUGGUAAACCAACAAUCUCUGGUGUGUCAUUACUAUAGUAAAUGGUAAUCCAGAAUCAUAUUUUAGUGUGAAAUUGAAUGUGAUUGUAGGACACUGUAGCUUUAAUAUGUGGGAAGGCAAUGAACUAUAAUAAAAAAAAAUAAACUAAGAAUAAUAUAUACAAAUAUAUAACCAUUAUUGGUGCAUUAUAGCCUAAAUUGGUUCUAGUACUGCUCAGGAAAAAUCUGUGAGCCUUUUUAAAUGUAAGAAUCUUUAAAUGUUCAGUAAAUGUUUCUAAUAGAAAAUCACAUGUGCUGUACUUUUAUCUUGGUUUACAGUUUGUAUAAACUGUAUCUGUUUAUUCAGCAAACAGUGCUUCAGUCCUCUCUAAUAUCUGGUUUAUUCAGAAUGUAAGUUUGACUUAUUAGUAUCUCGUUGUUCCUAUGGAAACAGCCUCUGUGUUGUAAUUGCUAUGUAGAUUACCAAAUGUUAUAUUUAACAUGCAACAUGUUUGUAUAAAGAAAUCUAUGAAUUGUAUAGCUUUGUACUGUACAUCCUAUUGGGUGGGAAUGUGAAUACUAUGCGUUGUUUAGCAUUAUUUCUUUGUGUUUGAAAUUACAUACACAACUAUGGCCAAAAGUUUUGCAUCACCCUAUAGAAUUUGCUAAUUUUGCUUAAAGUCGAAUGAAAUCUGCUGUAUAAUGUUACAUUAACAUAUUGUAGUUUUCCAUAUACUUAAAUUGAACAAUAUCACAUUUCGAAAUCUAACAUGAAGUACUGUACAACUAUUGAGGGCUUCCGGUAGACUUUUGCGAUAUCCUUUUGUCGUUUUUUUAUUUUUUUAUUUAUUAUUAUUCUGUCUCAAUCCUAAAAUUGUAGGUGAUGCAAAUCUUUUGGCCACAGCUGUAGACUAUUUUUCUUCUACAAUUGAUUUGUUACGAUUAGUAGCAUAGUAUGUAUUGAAAUAGGCUACACUGUGAAUUAAAGAAAAUAUUUUAUUGUGCUGUGAUUGUCAAUAAAACAGAUUGCAUACAA